UUCUGGAUGGGCGCAGCCCCCCCCGGCCAUGGGGCAGAGCGAGUCGCAGCAGGAGGCCGAGGGCACGGUGCUGAGGGGGCUGCUGGCCGCGUUCAGCAGGGAGCAGCUCCCGGCGCACGCGGUGCUGGGGACCAUCCUGGGCCUCGCCAUCAUCAUCAUGGCCGUGGCCGUGCUGGGCUGGUGGCUUCGCCUCAAGAAGGUCCCCGCUCAGGAGCCGCCCCGCUACCGCUUCCGCAAGAGGGACAAGGUCCUGUUCUACAGCCGCAAGAUCAUGCGUAAGGUGUCCCAGUCCACGUCGUCCCUGGUGGACGCCUCGGUGCCCGGCGGGGCCGCUCGCCCGCGCAGCCGCAAGAAGCUCAAGGUGCUCAGCAUCGCCAAGAAGGUCUCUGCCAGCUUCCUGCGCAUCCAGAAGGAGCCGCCCACGCUGCAGCUGAAGGAGCCGCCGCCCUCGGUGCUGGAGGCCGACCUGACCGAGUUCGACGUGGCCUCGUCACACCUGCCCUCAGAGGUGCUCUACAUGCUCAAGAACGUCAGGGUGCUGGGGCACUUUGAGAAGCCGCUGUUCCUGGAGCUGUGUAAGCACAUGGUGUUCCAGCAGUGCCAGCAGGGCGAGGACGUGUUCCGGCCCGGCCAGCCCGACAGCAGCAUCUACGUCCUGCAGGAGGGCAAACUGGAGCUGCUGCUCACCGAGAGUGACGGCAAGGAGACGGUGAUGAAGGAGGUGUUCCCUGGGGACAGCGUGCACAGCCUGCUCAGCAUCCUGGACGUCAUCACGGGCCACCAGCGGCCGUACCGGACCGUGUGUGCCCGCGCCGCCGAGGACUCCACGGUUCUGCGCCUGCCGGUCGAGGCCUUCUCGGCCGUGUUUGAGAAGUACCCCGAGAGCCUGGUCAGGGUGGUGCAGAUCAUCAUGGUGCGGCUGCAGCGCGUCACCUUCCUGGCCUUGCACAACUACCUGGGCUUGACCAAUGAGCUCUUCAGCCAUGACAUGCAGCCCCUCCGGCUCUUCCCUCAGCCCGGCCACGCCGCCCGCACCAGCCCCGUCCGGCACGGCAAGCGCGGCCUGGGCAGCACCGACGAGGGCAGGGACACCGCCGAGCUGAUGAAAGCCGCCGGUCUGGAGGCGCCGGCGCCGCCGCCGCUGCUGAGCCGCUGCAUCUCCAUGCCCGUGGACAUUUCUGGCAUCCAGAAGGGUCCCCGCUCGGAUUUCGACAUGGCGUACGAGCGCGGGCGCAUCUCGGUGUCGCUGCAGGAGGACAGCACCGGCGCCUUCGGGCAGGUGUCCCAGGAGCCCAAGGAGCGCAAAUCAGUGACUCUGGAGGAGCAGCCCUCGGGGAUUUACCACUACAGCUCCUGCGAGGACACGGGGACAGGGACACCGGGGACACCAGGGACAGGGACACCAGGGACAGGGACAGGGACGUGUCCCUUCGGGCCCUACCAGGGCCGCCAAACCAGCGACAUCUUCGAGGAGGCCAAGCGGGAACUCAUCAAACUCAUGAAGGUGGAGGACCCUUCUCUCCUCAACAACCGAGUCCUGCUCCACCACGCCAAGGGCGGCACCGUCAUCGCCCGCCAGGGUGACCAGGACGUGAGCCUGCACUUUGUCCUGUGGGGCUGCCUGCACGUGUACCAGCGCAUGAUCGACAAGGAGGAGGACGUGUGCCUGUUCCUGACGCAGCCGGGCGAGCUCGUGGGCCAGCUGGCCGUGCUCACGGGCGAGCCACUCAUCUUCACCAUCAAGGCCAACCGCGACUGCAGCUUCCUCAAGAUCUCCAAGUCCGACUUCUACGAGAUCAUGCGGGAGCAGCCCAGCGUGGUGCUGAGUGUCGCCCACACCGUGGCCGCCCGCAUGUCGCCCUUCGUGCGCCAGAUGGAUUUCGCCAUCGACUGGACGGCCGUGGAGGCCGGCCGGGCACUCUACAGGCAGGGGGACAAGUCGGACUGCACGUACAUCGUGCUGAACGGGCGGCUGCGCUCCGUCAUCCAGAAGGGCAGCGGCAAGAAGGAGCUGGUGGGGGAGUACGGGAGAGGAGACCUGGUGGGCGUGGUGGAGGCGCUGACUCGGCAGCCCAGGGCCACCACGGUGCACGCCGUGAGGGACACGGAGCUGGCCAAGCUGCCCGAGGGGACCCUCAACAACAUCAAACGUCGGUACCCGCAGGUGGUCACUCGCCUCAUCCACCUCCUGAGCCAGAAGAUCUUGGGCAACCUCCAGCAGCUCCGCGGGCCCUUCCCAGGGUCCGGCCUGGGCGUGGCCUCCAGCUCGGAGCCCAUCAACCCCACCAGUAACCUGUCCACGGUGGCCGUGCUGCCCGUGUGCGACGAGGUGCCCAUGGCCGCCUUCACGCUGGAGCUGCAGCACGCGCUCAGCGCCAUCGGCCCCACGCUGCUCCUCACCAGCGACAUCAUCCGCGCCCGCCUGGGCUCCUCAGCUCUGGAGAGCAUCCAGGAGUACCGGCUGUCGGGCUGGCUGGCACAGCAGGAGGAUCUGCACCGCAUCGUGCUCUACCAGACCGACUGCACGCUGACCCCCUGGACGCUGCGCUGCAUCCGCCAGGCCGACUGCAUCCUCAUCGUGGGGCUGGGAGAGCAGGAGCCGGCCCUGGGAGAGCUGGAGCAGAUGUUGGAGAACACAGCCGUGCGGGCUCUGAAGCAGCUGGUGCUGCUGCACCGCGAGGACGGCGCUGGCCCGGCCCGCACGGUCGAGUGGCUCAACAUGCGCAGCUGGUGCUCGGGCCACCUGCACAUCCGCUGCCCUCGCCGCGUCUUUUCUCGCCGCAGCCCGGCCAAGCUGCGGGAGAUGUACGAGAAGGUGUUCGAGAAGAGCCCCGAUCGCCACAGCGACUUCUCUCGCCUGGCGCGGGUCCUCACCGGCAACACCAUCGCGCUGGUGCUGGGCGGCGGCGGAGCCAGGGGCUGCUCUCACAUCGGGGUCAUCAAGGCCAUGGAGGAGUCGGGGAUCCCCAUUGACCUGGUGGGGGGCACCUCCAUCGGGGCCUUCAUCGGGGCCCUCUACGCCGAGGAGCGCAGCGCCGUGCGCACCAAACAGCGCGCCAGGGAGUGGGCCAGGUGCAUGAAUUCCGUUUUCGAGACCGUGCUGGACCUCACCUACCCCAUCACCUCCAUGUUCUCGGGCUCGGCCUUCAACGCCAGCAUCAACCGCGUCUUCCAGGACAAACAGAUCGAGGACCUGUGGCUGCCCUACUUCAACGUCACCACGGACAUCACGGCCUCGGCCAUGCGGGUGCACACGGACGGCUCGCUCUGGCGCUACGUGCGCGCCAGCAUGACCCUGUCGGGCUACCUGCCCCCACUGUGCGACCCCAAGGACGGCAACCUCCUCAUGGACGGGGGGUACAUCAACAACCUGCCAGCCGACAUCGCGCGCAACAUGGGCGCCAAGACGGUGAUCGCCAUCGACGUGGGCAGCCAGGACGAGACCGACCUGUGCAACUACGGCGACUCGCUCUCGGGGUGGUGGCUGCUCUGGACACGCCUCAACCCCUGGGCCGAGAAGGUCAAGGUGGGACACUGGGGACAGGUCGUUGUUGCGCUGUCCUUGGUCGUCGCUGGGUUCCCUGGUCAUUGCUGGGGUUCUCUGGCCAUCGUUGGUGUGUCCUCGACCAUCACCUGGGUGUCCUGGGCCACCAUGGGGGUGUCCUGGGCCACUGACCCGUCCCCCUGCCCGCAGGACGUUGGCUACCAGCACGGCAAGCUGGUGUUCGAGGGCUGGAGCCGCGGGGACGUCAUCGAGAAGAUGGUGAAGGAUCGGCGCUCGGCCGACUUCUACGAGAGCAAACGCAUGGACGUGCUCACCUGUCCCAGUGCGGGUUUCACAGACCUGGCUGAGAUCGUGUCACGGAUCGAGCCCGCCCAGCCCUACCUGUCCGAUGGCUACGGCGACGAGGAGUCCGAUUACCUGACCGAGUACGAGGACGAGGGCCCGGAGUCGCUGCGGGGCGAGGAGGACGGGGCCGAGUGGGGCAGCAACGAGGCCGAGGACGAGAAGUCCCUUCGGCACCGCCCCAGCCUGGCCGGGACCCCCCCGCCCCCUCCCGCGGACCCCGACGGCUUCUGA